GUGCAAAGAAAUACUUUUAACAAUUUUUCGAAAGUCCUCGAGAGUCGAGAAUACGAUACAUUUGUAGUCCAUCAGCAGACUUGUUUAGAUAGCAUAGCAACGCUAGAGAGAAAGUAAUCGAAGCAAUGGAUGUGAUAAAGUCGCAGCAGAUACUUGCGCGACCGAUCGAGAAAGUGAUAGUCCACCCCCUCGUACUUCUCAGCAUCGUCGACAAUUACAAUCGCGUCGCCAAAGACACUCGUAAGCGCGUCGUCGGCGUGCUUCUCGGCAGCUCUUUCAAAGGCACUGUCGACGUCACCAAUAGCUAUGCUGUGCCCUUUGAAGAGGAUGAUAAAGAUCCAAGCAUAUGGUUUCUUGACCAUAAUUAUCACGAGGCAAUGUUUUCUAUGUUCAAGAGGAUAAAUGCAAAGGAGCAUGUCAUUGGGUGGUAUAGUACAGGCCCUAAGCUGCGCGAAAAUGACUUGGACGUUCACGCUUUAUUUAACGAUUACGUUCCAAAUCCUGUAUUAGUUAUCAUUGAUGUGCAACCCAAGGAAUUAGGAAUACCUACUAAAGCUUACUGUGCUGUUGAAGAGGUUAAGGAGAAUGCUACUCAGAAAAGCCAGAAAGUUUUUGUUCACGUGCCUUCAGAAAUUGCUGCUCAUGAGGUUGAGGAAAUUGGAGUGGAGCACCUGCUGAGAGAUGUGAAGGAUACAACCAUCAGCACUCUUGCAACAGAGGUUACAGGAAAACUUGCAGCCUUAAAGGGACUGGAUGCUCGGCUACGAGAGAUACGAAAUUAUCUUGAUCUUGUUAUUGAUGAAAAGCUUCCCUUAAAUCAUGAGAUUUUGUACCAUUUACAGGAUGUAUUCAACCUUCUUCCCAAUUUAAAUGUAGCUGAUUUAAUCAAGGCAUUUGCAGUAAAAACAAAUGACCAGAUGCUGGUUAUAUAUCUUUCAUCUUUGAUUCGAAGUGUCAUAGCGCUCCACAACUUGAUCAAUAACAAGAUGCUCAACAAGGAACAUGAGAAGGCCGAGGAUGCAAAGCCUGCAACUGUAUCACCAGUUGCUGGAAGCUGAUCAUAUUUUUGUUGCAUCUCUAUUACAGUGCAGAUAGGCUUCCACCCUACACGAGAUUUCUUUUGUAGCACAUCUGGACAUUAGGUUUGGAGCUACUGUUUUCAUAUGUACCAUUGCUAUGUAGUCCAGCAAUCAGUCAGGGAAUUCUUAUGUUAACCAGCAUCGAAAUUUUUUUGAUUUUUCAGACAGUUUCUACUUUCUUAAUAAUCGAGUUAUCCAAGUGUUGUACCUAA